CGGUGUAGUAAAUGUGAGGCAGUAAAACGUAGCCGAUCCGAUCGAUUCGUGGACCGCGAGUCACGCGCGAUUCACGCACUUUGGGAUCCGCAACAAAAGCCGCAGGCGGUUUAUCGAUAUCUGCAUCGACGGUUCGAUUCAUCGAUCGUGGUGAAUCCCCUCGUGGAUAUUCGCCGCAGGAGAGAGCACCAACACGCCGGAGACACGCGCGAACUUCACGUAUAAAUGAUCUCAUAGUCUGUCACGAUGUCGUCGACGCUGUUACUAAAUUGUGUUUUAAUGACAUGGCUGUUCGUCGCCAUAGGAGCGAUCACCGUAUCAAUAGAUCGCGCUGAUAUUAAAGCGCCCCCAACACGAUCGUCGAUGAUCGCAAACGGCUGGCGGCCGCUGACGAAUUCCUAUGAGGAGACGAUCGGCACCAACGUGUCGCCGUCCAGCCACCUGGAGAAGAACGUCCAGGUGCAUCCAGUGCUGAGCAAAUUUCAAGAGCACAUGGCUACCUCGGAGAAACUGAAGCCUCUGCGAAAGGGCAAACCGCCGAUUCACGAAUACAGCCCGCCCAGUAUCCUCGGCAGUUUCGCGGUCUUCGGACACGCGGCGACGAAGGCGCGUGGCGAGACCAAGACGUCGAGCAAGCACGGGGCUUCCGAGACCCGGGAGUACACGUUCCUGAUCCCGCCGCCCAAGGACGCGUAUCGCUUCGAGGUGAGCCAGCACCGCAAGCCGAUACUGCGCGACAGCGUCAACUACAUACGACAACCGCAGUACAUCACGGGGCAGAAUGUUCAUCAGCAACCACCGGAUCCCGUGCGAGCCGCGACCUACUUCAUCAAGACUUACGCGUCCACCACGAAUCCGUCCACGCACGCCGCGAACCACCCCAGCAAUCGUCCUUACAUCCCGCCCUACGCCAUGCCGCAGGCGUUGCAACCCCCACGUCAUCAGGCGAAGCCGUUCGAGUCCCUGAAAGUCAGCAGCAACGCGAAACCCUAUUUCCAGCCGCCUGGCGCAGAGACUCCGACUGACUUCGGCAAACAAAAAAUCAGCAACGAACGCGAUUCCUACGACAGAUAUCAACAGGCGCAAUCGCACAGCGCGCAGAUCUUGAACGUCGCGAGCAGCGGGAACUUCUACAGCCAAGUGAAUCACGCCCCGAACAGUCAAGUCAACUUCAAGUCACCCUCGUUCGAGAGGGACCCCGCUUUCUUGGUACACGAGAGUCACGAGGUCAGCUACGUGACGUCUCCUGGUACGUACAACGCGUACAAUUUCCGGCCCUCGCUUCCAUACGAAACUUUAUUGCCGCCCGCGGUUUACGCGUCUUCGACGCCGUCGUCCACCACCGCGGUUACGCGAAAUCCCGGGAAAUAUAGUCAGGCAGCGGUGGAAAUAUCUCGCGAGAACGAUUACAAACGUCCGGAUCAGAGGACGAAGCAGGAGAAACUCGGCGGACAGACCGAGUCACCUAAUUCCCGAACGACCAAUACUUAUUAUGUAUCGGAGCAGCAGGAUCUGACGCCGCCUACGUGGCCGAAAAGCAAAUACACGUCCGAUAUAAACGAAGUUCUUCCGCGGGAGAAUCCGCCGGGCAAAUUCAACCAAGAGGUUGGGAACCAGAAUCAGAUCACGCAGGUGCCAAAGCUCUAUCAUAGACCACAAAGCUCCUACAAUCCUGUCGAGGUUUACUCGCCGACGUCGAUACCGGAUUACGAGACACCCGAGAGCAUCUCUCUCAAGCACUUUAAUGAGCAACAGUUUCUGCUGCAGCAACAGUUGUUGCAGCGCGAUCGGGAGAGACUGGCGGAACAGGAGCGCCAGCAGAAGCUGGAGAUCGAGCGGCAGCAGCAAGAAGAGUUGAAAAAACGCCAGGAAGAGCUGGAUCAGCUUAUAGAGCGGGAGAAGGAGGAGGAACAGGCGACCAGACUGGCCGUGGAGUCUGUGAAAAAUCAAUCGCAAGAGAUUGCCAAGAUCUCGCCAGAAAUGCCGUACACGAUUCAACUGGCUCAAUUCGAACCGCAAGUUACCACGGACGUCAAUAUCUUGGUAUCGCAGCCCGGUAUUUAUAAUGUCGAACAGCUGAGAUUGCAGCCUCAGAUAUCGCAAAUCCCGGAGAAGCAAGUAAAUCAUAAUUAUCAAUAUCACCACAACCAGAAUGAGUAUCAAGAGGAACAAGUCGAUUAUCGCGAACCUCAAAUCGAAACGAGACCGUAUCGCCCGCAGAAGCCGUUCCGGGAUCCGCUUCGCCGCAAGAAACCAACGCCCGAAACCACACCGACGGAUCCACCGAGUCAAUCGCCCGAGACCUCCGCUCCCUUAACUCUCCACGUAGAUGAAGUGCCCAUUUAUACAACGCAGUCGCCGGAAGCGCAGACUCCGUCGGGAUUAACAACCCUGAAACCGUUCAGGACUCGUCGUCCUGGGGUCCCGAUUCGACGAAGGAAACCCUGGACGACGACGGAGGAACCCGUCACGACGCCCUACAUGGAAGAAGAAUUCCUCAAGUACAACAAAGAGGAGACGCACAGUCAGUACGAUUCUUCGCGAAGAAGACCUUCGCGAAUAAAAGCCACCCAAGCGAGCCAGAACGAGGACUCGGAGAAGAGAGGCAACGUCAGAAAACGACCCACUUACCGAACCAGGGUGAACGACGACGCCUUCGACGCGCAGAUCGUCACGGAGAGCGCGCUGAAUUCUUACAGUCAGACGACGGAGUCCGCGAGUUACGAUAACAACCAGUUUGCGACGAAUCAGCCGAGCAUUUCAUACGUGACAAGUCAGCCGGCUAAUCAAUAUUAUGAUUACUCUUCGCAGCAGAACGCGGGAUUGCGCGAGGAGCACAACGAGGACACAACCCUGCCGGUUCAGGAAUAUUUCACGGAGAUCAGCCGCGAGAAGGUCGAGGAUUACAGCGUCGAUCGUGAGAAAAACGUCAACGUCGUCACUAGCAUCCCAUUGGAGGAUCUCUACGUGAGAACCGACGGUAAUUACUACGAUCGCGCGACCACGAUCGAGUCGACAAUUACGACGACGCCGUCGCCGACGACGACGACGACUACCGCGCCUCCGCAGCCGACGACCCAGACUCUUCAGAUCGUCCCUUCCACGCUGAGGUCGCACAAGAUGCGGCCCUUGAGAUACGGCAACGCUACCAGACCGCGCUUCAGCAUCAAGGAUUACAAGAGCCGCAUGGAUUACAAGAACCGAUUGUCUUCCACGACCGAAGUCGCGCCGACACCCACCGGCGAAGCUUUGACCCGGGUCUCUCACAUCAAGCAGAGAACGUCGAGCGCGAAGAAUCAACAGGCUCAACAGCCGUUGACAGGUGACGUGAGAGAGACGACUGGUAGAUACAAGUACGUUUCUAGGGUGAAUUAUCGAACUACGACUACGCCGAGUCCAGGAACCGCGAGAGAGUUGGAGCGAUUCUCGGAGGAAACCUCGACCACGGAAAAGAACAAGUUUGUGCCAAAGAGACGGCCGAUCAGCAGCAACGUGUAUCGCAGCAGGAUCGCGUCCACCACGAGCAGUCCUACCCGAUCGCAAAUCAACGCGGAGACGAAUGCCAGGCAAAGUUCCACGCGACCCGAGAACGUGUAUUCCUCGUCGAUUCGCAAACGACCCGCUGUGAAGAGCAGACUGCAACCGCAUAAGGAGCACGUGGUGGCCACGGCGUAUCCGGAUAGCAAGCAGCACGAGGAACCUACGGAGAUGUCGGCCGAGGAGACUAGUUUUUACUCGGCCAUGACAACCGCUGCCUCGUCCUCGACCACUCGACUCGUGGGCAACGAGAUUGUCAGCGAGAAGCGAGAGGCCGCGUCUCUCGACAGCCAUCCGGCGAAACUCGGCGUGCAGGAGGGCAAGAACGAGGGCCAGCGAGUUAGUUUCGAGGAGAUCGUUUCGCGGAACGAGGAAGUGACGGCGACCACCGACGGCGACGGCCAGCCGGAGCAGACGAGGGUCGAGAAGCCGGAAGUCGAUACGUCGGAGGGAGAGUCGGAGACCACGACCAAGUUCGAUCUGCCCUCCGACGAGGAGGAACUGUUCGCGAAGGCGUCGCAGAGCGUGGCGGAUCUGACGAGCUCCGCGUCCGCUCUUUACGACAAACCGGGAAUGUUCAAGGCGGUCUCGCCCGAGAGCAGACUGGUCUCGUCCCACUUCAAGAUCACCACGGACGAACCGACGUUGCCCAUCGAGGCCUUCUUUCAGGAAUUCUCCAAGAAGAACUGAUGAAAUGAUCUCGUCGUAGACUCGCAAACUCUGUUCUCCGAAUUAUAUAAUAUGCGAUCGAUAACUCCAGAAUCGACGGAGAAUUUGCGAGUUUUUCAGAGAUGCGAUAUUUUUUCGGUAAUAUAUAGAAACUUUGCGGGAAAAUUUAUAUUUCAAAAGAGAAUGUAGAACGUCGGGGGAAAGGCUACAAUUUUUCUCAAAGUAUUAUGUUACUUGCGAAGUCUCUAGACGCGCGGAAAGGCGUUUUCGAGAGACUCAUUUAGAGAAGAAGGGAAGAACUCACGCACACAUGUACUUAUUUCCGUUUCUAAAGUAUUGUCAUUGCACCGCAUUUCCGUCGUGAAAAAUUAAUACACUCGUGGCAUUUCUACACACGCGAUCAUCACAUUUCGAGUGUACUUCCCCGAAUGGAUAUGAUUUUUUUUAACGACUAAACGUUAUACCAAAAAUGUUAAGUCCGCGAAGAAGCGCCGCUGCACGACGAUAUUCCCGGAGGAAAGCAGUCGCGCUUUUUCUCGACAGGACAUUGCGUGCGCAAUAUCUGUAAAGAGGCAAAAACCAUUCGACCUACUCACGUCCUGCGGUAAUAUCCCUCGUAUAUGUACGUCCCUUUUUGUACCUUUUUAUCGUAGAUUAUUCAUAAAGGAAGAAACACUUUAAGGGCACAUUUUUCGCUCUUAACGAUUAGAGAGAUUAAAUACAAUGUAACAAUGUAAUAAUUAUGAUAUCUUAUUAGUUGUAAUCGCGAAUCGCAUAUCUCAUUGUAUUUAUUUAAAGCGUGCGGGAUCAUUAUCUAAAUCAUUUUUUUCCUUGUCUCACUUUCUGCGACGUCGAGAUGAGAAAACUAACAAACGUUAAGAGAUAUGAUUGUAAAUAUAAAUACGUAGCGUAGAAAGUUUCAGUACUAUUUUUCCUGGGCGAAAGAUAUCUUUAAAACUUUUAUAUCGUAUAUAUAUAAAGAAAAAUGUUUUAUAAUAUAAGAUCAUUGCAGCAAAUAUAAAUACAGUAAUCCAGAUAUAUAUAUUUUGCUUUGCACUUUAAAUUCUAUAAAAGAUUUAUAUGUUUUCAACGACAGAGAUCAUUUUGAUAGAAAUUAUUACAUUUCGAAUUAUUACAAGCAAAGUAAAAAUU